AUGUCUGUAGCUUGGUCACUUGCUGAGGACUCUAAACCUGAGUCGAAGAGGGCUAAAGUGGAGAACCGACCAGCGUUGAGUUUCACUAAUGAGGACAAGGCUGGAACUAUACAACUACAUGAUGAUGCCCUAGUGGUCACCCUCAGGAUAGGGGGAUAUAAUGUGAAGAGGGUGUUGGUGGAUCAGGGUAGUGGGGCAGAGAUUAUGUACCCUGAUUUGUACAACAGACUAGGCUUGAAACCUGAGGAUUUGGCAACUUAUGAUUCACCUUUGUUAAGCUUCGACGAGAAAGUUGUUGUUUCAAGGGGCCAGAUUAGACUACCUGUGCAAGUAGGAUCAGAGGUGGUGGAGGUGGAUUUCAUUAUAGUGGAUGCUUAUUCUCCCUACACGGCCAUUGUAGCAAGACCCUGGCUUCAUGCCCUUGGAGCCGUUUCUUCCACUUUGCAUUUGAAAGUGAAAUAUCUGUUUGGGGACAGGACUGAGGAGCUGGUUGGGAGCCAAUCCGUGACUAGGUAG